CCGGCAGGUGGCGCGCGAGUCGCCCGAGACCCGCUUGUAAACAAAACAAAGGCCGUUGCACCAAGUCUGGAGAUUUUGGGCAAUUUGAGGGAAAAGUAUAGGAUUUGGAAGGCCGUCACUACUCAUGCCAAGAAUAUACUAGGAAGUACUAAACAUGGAUGGAGAGGAUACCAAGCAAUCAAAUGCUGAGGUAGCAGAAGGAGUCACCCUUGGGGAAAAUGAACAGCUGAUGACCAGUACUCCUCAGCUGCAUGGCACAAAUAGUAUUGUAGCACCAUCAGGUUUGGAUUCCUCAUCCAGUAUCACAACAACCUCUGAAGGAAGUUUAAGUGGAAGCUCGAACUCUCAGCCUGAAACGCCAUCAGUGAAUGUGGCUAUAGAUGAUGAUAAGAAAAGGCCUGAGUCUUGCCCUUCUCAAGGUGCAUUGGAGUCAAGUAGCUUAGAUUCCUCCAUAGUAAAAGAGACAUUUCAACCAGUUGCUGACAAGCUUGCUGCUUUACCUGUUCAGCGUUCAAAUGAGGGCCUUUCCUCAUUAGUGUCUUACUCCUCAUCCUCGGCAGAAGCCUCAGCCUCAGAGGACAAUGCUCAAGAUGAUCUGGAUGAAAACAGCUUGCCAGAGUUGCCAGAAUCCUACAAAGAAACCCAGCAAGAGGAUCCCAAGACUGAAACUGAACCCAUUGUGGAGGAAACAAAACCUCUAAAAGAGUUUGAAGAACCAAUGGAGGUGGAAGCUCAAGAAGCUCCAGAAGCUCCAGAAGUGCCAGAAAUCCAAGAAACUGAUUCAGUACCUGUUGUUCUUCCUGAAGUCCAGCAGGCAACAGAGGCUGAGGAAAAGGAGACUUCUGAACUAGAAGCCUUAGCUGAAGAAAUCCAGGGUUCAGAAUCACCAGAGGAGCAGGCAGCAAUCGAGGAGAAGGAAAAUUCCCCAAUACCUGAACUUCCUGAUGAACCAGAGUCCAUGGUAGUUGAAGAGGACAAGUCGUCAGAAUUGUCAGGAGUUACCCAAGAUACAAAAGCCCAGCUUAUAGAGCAAGAGCCAACACCAGAACCUGAUGAGAAAGAACCAGAGGAAGUCCUUAAUGACCCAGCUUCUGAUAAUGAGAAGGUUAUCCCUGUGGAAGAAGACCAGGAAGAAAUGCCAUGCAUAGAAUCAGAAGAUAAAACAGUCAUGCACGAAGAGAAUGUGAAAUCUCCAGUGGAAGAGGAUGGGGAAACAUGCACACUAAAACUGAGUAGUGAUGAGAGCACAGGAUUGACAGAGGCUGAGUUUAAGGAGAAAGCUCAAGAGGAAAAAAAAGAUGAUCUAGAGGGUAUGGAGUCCUCUGGAAGUGAAACUAAUGCCCCAGUAGAGACCAAGGAGACUGACGUCCCAGAAGGGGAGGAUGAAAAUACCUUUGGAGUCAAAUUAAAGAGGGCCCUGGAUGAAGAAAUUGAAAGUGCCGAAGAACCAGUUAGCAAGAGAGUGUGCAUGGAAGAGAUGCCAGUGAGCAGUGCUUCCUUUGAGGGCAAGAUUCUUGAAAGGCAAAACACACUACCCUUUGAACCUGAAACAGAAGUGGGAACCACUGUUGAGGACCAGUUAAUGGAUGAUUUGGCAUCCGAAGACAAAAAAGAUGAUACAAUACAGAAGAGUGAUGAGGAAAGCAGAGAUGAUAUGUCUAUUGGAGAGAAAAUUAAAGAAAUUCAAGAGGAAAAAUUGGAUAGUAAAGAGAAGAUAAUGAAAGAAGAAGAAGAGGAGAUUGUAACACCAUCAAAUAGAAGGAAGCGAAAGAAGAAGUCAUAUGAGCGUCCCCGAGGUGAAGGAGGAAAAUUCAGGAAAGAGAAACCAGGUUUAUACAAAACAGAUCCAUCAGUGUUGGAUGAGGAUACAAGGAUGGACAGUAACCUUCCCCAGGAUGAAGACUCACAGGGAUCUAUGUCAAAGAGGGAAGUUCGCAGAUUCCGCUGUGAAGUCAUUGUUCCAGAAAGUACUGAAGCUUUCACAGCAGAAAAGGUUGUAGAGUAUGUAUGGCCCUUGGAAGGAUUAGGAGAACAUUAUUUUAUUCAGGAACAGAUUUCUCAAUACUUGGGAAUAAUGUCCUUCAAACGCAAAUAUCCAGACUUGCGUCGACGACCCAUAGACAUGCAGGAACGUGAUUACUUGAAAGAGAAAGGCUUGGUAUCGGAAAUGGCAUGUGAUUUGGGCCUGACUGCAGUAAGGAGUGAAGAUGUUUUGGAUGUUAUGUUUAAUGAUUUUCCUUCUAAGUUUGAUGAAUUGCAGCGCCUCUUGCGAGAGCGCAAGGAGAAUGAGAUGAAAGAGAGAGGAAAAGUAAACUACUCCAUGGCCAACAUAGACAAAUCUAAAAUGCAAGAGUAUGGAAGGAAAGCAGCUGCUGAUGCUGCUAGAUGGAAUGCAGCUUUCAAUAAAGAGAAGAGAGAUGAACGCAGGUAUAGCUUUGACCUUCAGACAUUCUCUCUGCAAAAGCCAUCCAGCAAGGGAAAGAAGCUGCCACCUGAGUAUACCAAAAUUGGGUGUUAUCCUGUAGCUGUUUUACCUGGACAGUAUACAGAUUACUUUAGAGAGUACACCCCAGCGGCACUGAGUUCUUUGCCCUUAAACUCAGUCAUGGCACCUCCCAUUACACGAGAUCCCUUGGGCUCUGAUGGUGCUGGCUCAGACUCUGAAGAAGAAGCUUCUGUACCGACACAAGGCACAGAUGAAACCGACAAUGCUGACAUUAAGGACGAAAAGGGUGAAGGGUUGCCUCGUUGUAAGGUCUGUAGUGGUACUAAGAAUCGCAAUAAAGGAGGAAAGCCAGAACCACUUAUUAUAUGUGGCUCCUGUAGAUCUGCAAGCCAUCCAACAUGCAUUGAUCUUACCUUAGCAAUGGUACCAAAAAUUGAAUCCUAUAACUGGCAGUGCAUGGAUUGCAAAAAUUGUGUUCUCUGCAGUGAUCCAGAUGAUGAAGAGAAGAUGAUUUUCUGUGACAUGUGUGACCGUGGAUACCACAUAUACUGUGUAGGCCUACGUCGUGUACCAAAUGGACGUUGGCACUGCAAAGAGUGUGCCAUUUGUUCAUCCUGUGGAUCAAAGACACCAGCUGGUAAUGAGCAUGCUAAAAAUGCUGAGUGGCAGCAUGAGUUUAAAAAGGACAAAGAUAACAAACAACUGAAAUAUGCUACAACACUGUGUGUUCCUUGUGAUAAGUACUGGAAAAGACGUCAGUUCUGUUAUGUGUGCCUAAAGGUGUACAGAAGCAUACCUGAAGAUGGUAUGGUACGCUGCUCAAACUGCCCAAAGUAUAUUCACCGAGAAGGCUGCUCUACAAUGUAUGAAAAUGAACGCUUUUGCAACAACUGUUUUAAGAUGCGUAAUACAACAGCACUAAAUCACUCAAGAAUCAUUGCUGCUGCUAAAAAAAAGAUGGCAUCAGGAUAUUAGAAGUUUUUUUUUUUUUUAUACAUUUUCAAGGGUUAUUCAUAAUUGUGUGUUUGUGAAUACAAGAAACUCAAAUUCUAUAUGUGUUAUUUGUGAAUGUAUUGACCAAUGGCUUAAAAUUGCUCUGUAUUUUAUAUUAUAAUUGUGAAGAGGUGAACAAGAAUUUCCAUAUGCUUCCCUUAUUGUGUGGUGAGGCUAGAUAUUUAGGGGCCCAGGGGCUAGGGCUCUUAAGGAGCUCCCUAUAUUUCUUAGUUAUGACAAAAAAAAAAAAAAAAAA